GAAAUGCUUCCCCUGUGAACACACCUCGACCCCAAUCCACUCCACGCAUCCUCCCACCGCAGCUGCGCCUCUCUGCCUUCUCGUCUAGCGUCGUCCUCAGCCCCCCUGGACUGGCGCGGAGUGGAGAUCCGUCCGGGCUUGGGUUGAUCUCUUCUUCUGCGGGUUUGAGAAGCAGAACUUUCUUACGUGUGUCUUUUGAGUAAGAGUCUUGACAAGUUUUGUCAAUGGAUUGGUUACCGAAUGGAAGGCACAAGAGUUCUGCCAAUCCAAGAGGACUUGUUAUGAUCAGCUCAUCAGAUUCUGGCUCUGACUCUGAAGGUUUUGUAGAAGAGCUGACUCCCCGUCACACCAAGUCAAACGGGAAGGCUUCAUCAGAGAGCCUAAAAACUGGUGGAAAGGCUUCAUCCUUUUCUAAAGGAGAAGGUAGCAAAGGAAAGGCAUACAGUGCUGGCAAAGGUGGAAAGGGUUCUGCAUCGAAUGUGAUGCCUACUAAAUCUGAUGCAGAACUAAAGCUUGAGCUUGAUAUCCCUCCAAAUUCUAGAAUGCUAAUGAAUUGCGAAGCAGCUAAACUGUUGCAAGAAAUUCAUGAGCAUAUGGCUAUCUUAUCAGAGGAUCCAAAGAUCAAAAUUCCUGAGUCAUUUGACAAAGCUUUCCAAUAUGCAAAUGAAGGAAAUCAUUUCACCACUGCAAGCUCUGUGAAACAAGUUCUGGAACCUCUUAAAAAAUGUGGGGUUAAUGAUGGCGAGAUAUGCAUGAUAGCAAACAUUGGGCCGGAGACCGUUGAAGAGGUUUAUGCACUCGUGCCAUCUCUCAAGGCUACUAGGUCACUUACCGAAGGUCCAAUCACUGAGGUUCUUGCUGCUCUCGCCAACAUAAAAGCAGUGAAGUGAAUCUCCAAUGGAACUAUGCAGUUAUGUUGCUGAUCAAGCAAUGUGGAAUCUGCUACCCGAUCCUUUAAUGUUUUGGAUGUUCUGCCUAAUCAGGUUAUGCUGUAUACGUAAAACCGUAGCAUGUGCCUGAUGCAAUCCUCAGGAUAUCUAAUUAUCUAACUGUAGAAGUGCAGAUUUAGCUUUGAGUGGUUGAACCAGUGUGCUCAGAGUUGCUAAGUACCGCCUGCCCUUGGGGCAACUAGCUUAAACAAUGGAGAUGUUGACUUGUUGCUAUC